AUGGUCACUUGUGAGACAACAACGUUCGCUCAUCAUCAUCGUCAAUCAAUCACAUCCAACCAAAACUCCAUCCACACAGCCAACUGACCAAAGACGUGAUGAUGAUGACCAAAUGUUUGGAUGUAUUUCGUCCAUCUUCAGCCAUGAUGGUCCUUUUUUCUAAUUCCGUUUUGUUUCAGAAGAAUUUUUUCCUUUUAUCAGUUCUACUGCUGCUGACUGCGCAUGUGAGUUGCGAAUCUUUAUCAUCGAACGUCGUUGCUCAAAAUGGUUCGAAUUCGGCCAGAAAUCAAGUGGCCAGAUCUGACCCAUCAUCGGUGGUCGAUUCAUCCUCACCGCAAUCGUCAUCCUCAUCGUCGUACUAUACGAAUGACCUAUCAUCAUUUUUAUCAUCAUUGCCCACAUCAUCCAAUACAAAACCAUCGGCAUCAUCUGCUACCAAUAUGAUGGUACCUUAUCAGGCAUUGAUUCAGGCAGCAUUAGCGGCCCAAAGUGGCUCAUCAGCACCAUCAGCCGCGGCAUCCGCAUCAUCGCCCCUAUCGUCCAGUCAACAACAAUCGGCCAAUGCACUGCUCUCUUCAUUGCUGUCAUCGUCCAACCAACCUUCAUCAUCAUCAUGGAUGACGUUGCCAACAAGUUGGUCAUCAAUGAUUAUGACUAACCCAUCAUCACUCAUGUCCAUGUUGCGGCCAAUAUCAUCGCAAACGCCGAUUGGUGGUCGUCGUUCAUCGUUGACAAGUCGUCUACGUAGCAUAAUGAAUGCUAUAUUCUAUAGAAAUGAAAACAAUAACAAUUCCCCCAUGAUGACAUCAGGCUCAUCCUAUUCAUAUUCAUACCGACCAGCACCUUAUGGUUUUGCUGGCUCCAAUUCUGUUGGUCCUGGUCCGAGUGAAAUGCAUGAAUUUAGUUCCAUCUAUGGCAAUGGUAACAAUCCAACCAGUUAUCUAUAUGGUACUGGACCCAAAUCUACCAACAUGAUGUAUGGCUCGGCAUCCAACUAUCGUCCAUCGUUUGUAGCAAUGCCAUCGUCAUCCUCAUUCAUGUCUGCUGGUGCCAAUCCCUGGUCAUCGCCAAUCGAACGUCCAUCCGCCGGGCCGGGUUCUGGUUCGAUGUACGGUCGAAACUAUGGAUAUGGUUCGACCACUUAUCACCAUCACCACCCCUCUCAUCACCAUCCUCACCCGAAUGCCCACCAUCAUCAAGCACACAAUCCGCAUAUGGCCUCUUCGCAUUAUCCACAGCAAAUGGAUCAAGUACCGUAUCGACCAACACACGGCCAUCAUCAACAGCCACAACAUCAACAAUCCCAACAAUAUGGACCAUCCAUGUCUGAAUCGAUACCAUCGAUAGCCAGCACCUACACUAUUGGCGGUUCGAACAGUGGUGCUAAUCAAUGGUCGUCACCAUUGCAACAAUCAAACGAACAACGGCCAUUGCAUUCGGGUCAAGUUCCUGUCAACAACCUGGAUCGUCCAUUUGUCGGUCCUAACAAUGCUAUUUGGUCGCAGGGAGGCAGUCAGCAAUCCAACCAAAAUAAUAAUGUUCCAUCUCAACAGCCCAACGGUGCCUACUCAUCGUGGAUGUCCAAUGUUCAUGAUGACACUGAUGGCCGUGAUGGUUACAAUGAUGGUGGAUCACGUGAUGAAGGUGCCAGUUACUACCAAUCGAAUGUUUUCCAAUCCCGAAUCUCAUCUCCGCUCAAAAUGGUGCCAUCAUCAUCAUCAUCCUCAUCCUUGUCCUCAUCGUCUUUGUCGUCGGCAGCAGCAGCAGCAUUACCAUCGCCUACUUAUGUUGGACCGAAAUUCGGCAACUAGAAGCGUCCACACACCAGCAUAUCAACCCGAUCAAAUAGCGAUAGCCAAUUUUUGUUUGCAUCAUUAGACUAUAAUCCUUUCGUCUGCGUCACAUUAUUUAUUUAAUCUCGCCUAACCCAUGUCUCUAUUUAUUCAUUUUUUCCAAAUCGAUUUUUUUCUCAGCGAUUCUCUAUCAUCGAUCCAAAUCAUCCAUUUAUUGUAACGUUAUUUAUGAACAACACAUACAUACAUCUCUCUCUGUUUUUUCAUCAUCUUCCUUCGAAUCGGAUUUUUCAACCGCGCUCUCUCUCUCUCUCUCUCUC